UCGCUGGUUUAUCUGGGAAGGAGAUGCCCACCAUCUCCUGGCACCAGCCAUGGUGGCACAGCAGCACCACUGCUGCUCUCACUGGAAAUCAGAGACUGGAGGGUGGAGAACAAGGUACUCCAGCCCGGCACCUCCCCAAGCCGCCAGCCAGGGGCUCCUUCUGCCGCUCUGCCCACGCCCCUGCCACCAUGGCAGUGGGUCUGCCCCUCACAAUCUGGACGGCUGCUUUAUUUCUAUGGCAACAUUUCUCCUGAAACACUUCAGAGGGAGCCUGGUGCUGUUCGAUAAUGAGGGAAGCAGCGUCCCCCAUUCUGUCCCCUGCAAAAGGCUCAGAGAAACGACCCUGACACAUCUCCCCACCUCCUUCCCUCCCUGGCGAGCGGUACCAGCAUUAGUACAAAGAGCUGCUGGCCUUGUCCCAGCUGCUUCUCUGCUGCCUGCUCUCCUUUCUCCUGCCUUCGGCUUGGCUCUCCCCUCUCCUCUCGCCGGCUCCCUUUCUGCUGGCAGCCCGCUAAAGCACCCGCGCAGACUGACCAGCUGAAAGGAGUCUCAGAGCAAGUGGAUGUCGAAAGUGACUCUGCUGUAGAGGAGGGUAAAGCCCCGGGAGAGCUGUAUAGAUCGGCCCCGCCAGCAGCGCGGUGAGUGCGGGGCUGAAGGGCACCGGGGAUCCCAGAGGCCGGGCAGACGGGCGCUUCAUCCCUCUGAAAAGCUCGAUGGCAUUAUGAAGAGGCGGUGCCUGCCACGGGAGCAGGCACAGCGGCCCCAGAACUCCUCUCCUCUCCCGUUCCCGUUGCUCCCAGCAGCAAGAGACGGCCUGGUGUCCCGGUGGAGGCGAGCAGGCAGAAGUUGCGGGCAGCGCCGAGCGCCAGCAGGCGACAGGCAGGCGUGUGCCCAGGAGCAAUCGCAAUGGCAGCGCUGAUCCCAGCUCGCCAGAGGUGAAACCUGGAGCUGCCCAGUCCCACGUGAGUGCUGCUGCAUGAGUUCCCACGCCCUGCCAGCUCCCACGGCCCCCUGACACCCGAUGACCGAGCGAGCCAUGGGCAGCGUCCGAGUCAAUCGGUACAGCAUUGUCUCAACUGAAGAGGAUGGACACAAGGUCUCUACGCUGGGCAGCAUGAAUGGGCACAGCCGGAAUGGGAAGGGCCACGCUCCCCGGCGGAAGCACCGCAACCGUUUCGUGAAGAAGAACGGCCAGUGCAACGUUUACUUUGCCAACCUGAGCAACAAGUCUCAGCGCUACAUGGCUGACAUCUUCACCACCUGUGUGGACACACGCUGGCGGUACAUGCUCAUGAUCUUCUCCGCUGCCUUCCUGGUCUCCUGGCUCUUCUUCGGCUUCCUCUUCUGGUGCAUCGCUUUCUUCCAUGGCGACCUCAAUGCACCGGUGGUGGCAGGUAGUCCCUCUCUCCUCAAGCCCUGCAUCAUGCACGUGAACAGCUUCCUGGGGGCUUUUCUUUUCUCAGUGGAGACACAGACAACCAUCGGGUACGGCUUCCGCUGCGUGACUGAGGAGUGCCCGCUGGCCAUCAUGGCAGUGGUGGUGCAGUCCAUCGUGGGCUGCGUGAUUGACUCCUUCAUGAUUGGCACUAUCAUGGCCAAGAUGGCAAGGCCCAAGAAGCGGGCCCAGACCCUUCUCUUCAGCCAUCAUGCGGUCAUCUCCGUGCGGGAUGGCAAACUGUGUCUCAUGUGGAGGGUGGGCAACCUGAGGAGGAGUCACAUUGUGGAGGCCCAUGUCCGAGCCCAGCUCAUCAAGCCCUACAUGACGGAGGAAGGAGAAUACCUCCCCCUGGACCAGCGGGACCUAAAUGUGGGCUACGAUGUGGGUCUUGAUCGUAUAUUUUUGGUCUCACCCAUCAUUAUUGUUCAUGAGAUUGAUGAGGAAAGCCCCCUCUAUGGGAUUGGCAAGGAAGAGCUGGAGACGGAGAAUUUUGAGAUUGUGGUUAUUCUGGAGGGGAUGGUGGAAGCCACAGCCAUGACCACACAGGCACGGAGCUCUUACCUUGCUAGUGAAAUCCUUUGGGGUCAUCGCUUUGAACCAGUUGUGUUUGAGGAGAAGAACCACUACAAAGUGGAUUACUCGCGCUUUCACAAGACAUACGAGGUAGCUGGCACACCUUGCUGCUCAGCACGGGAGCUUCAAGAAAGUAAGAUGACCAUCCUACCUUCUCCUCCACCUCCCAGUGCCUUCUGCUAUGAGAAUGAGCUGGCACUUGUCAGUCAAGAUGAAGACGAAGAUGAUGAUGAAGUGGGUGUGGUAUUAGGGGGCAACACCAAGGAGGAGGGAGGUAUCAUCCAGAUGAUGGAUUUUGGAAGUCACCUGGACCUGGAGCGGCUCCAGGCAACUCUGCCUCUAGAUACAAUCUCAUACCGCAGGGAGUCAGCCAUCUAACUCCUCCAGCCUCCCCGUUCCGCACCCAUUGCCCACAGUCUCCUCUGUUCCGUACCCAUAUACUGGAUAAGUCCCUUCACCACCAAAUAAUGCCUCCCAUGAUUGCCUCUCAAGCCCCAUAUACACCAAGGCCUGGAGCUGCUUGGAUAUACUCCCUUUCUCAUGAGGUCAUAAUGCCUGGGAGAGGAGUGAGGAUACACUGCUCUUUCUGGGUAUGCAGCUUGGGCUAGAACCCCUUUCCUGCCCAGAGACAGGAGGGCAGCAGGCCUGGUUUCUUGUCUCUGGAGAGGUGACAGGAGUCUCUGCCUUCAGUGGACAGACUGGGACCAACAGCAAGUAUUUCUGCUGCAAGGCAACAGCAGACUUUCUGUCUCCUCUCAUUAUGGGUAGGACCCAUGGCUGUCAAGGGUCACUGCCGUCACUGGGAGAGGAGCGACACCUAAGCACUGACCAGAUGAGGAUAGAAGGGAGAGUUUGGGACUCUUGGAGGGAGUGGGGAAAGAUCUUGAGUGAGGAGCUUACUUGCAUGUUUGUUGCUUGUUGCACAUGAUUCUGUAUAUAAAAGAGAAGGAGAACUGAAAUCGAUACUCUUCAUUGGCAAAUGCCAAGCUAGGAGACAAGGACGCUCUACACAGGCUGCUCUGCACUCCUCUUGGCUUUUGGUGUUUGUCAACUCCAGAAGCGGCUCGGCUCCAUGGACUCAGAUCCAGUUCUCCCAGUCCUCUUGAAAAACACGUCCUGCUCCUCUUCUGAGACACUGGCAGAGGAGGCAGGGCCUGUGCUUACCACACUCAGACUGCUCCCUGGUGCAGCACAGCCAGGGUGACAGACAGGUGACCUGACUGGACAGCAGACCCUCCACUUGCUCCUUUUGCCUCCUCCAUUCUUCUCCCUGAUGCCAUCAGCUGUAAAACAGAAUUUGUAACUAUUUAUUUUUAAUAAAGUCUAAUAUCCCAA